AUGAAUGGCAUAAAGAGAAAGUAUGAUGAAAGUCAUCCUAUCAGCUUUCUCGCCGGUUCGGCCAAUGCUCAAAGAUUGAGAAACACAAAGAAGAAAGUUGAAGUCAUCAGAUAUCAACGAAACGUAAAUGCUUCCUUUCAAUCGAACCAAAGCAGCACGAGCACGACGGAAAAAGAGGCGGCAAGCAAUUCUACUACUUUCUCACUAGAGAACGAUCAGAAAGAGAAAGCUCAACUGAUUUCUGACUCGCUUACACUAGGUCCAAAGGAUAUACAAGCACCGGAAGAUGAUCUUCAUUUCACAAAAUUUGAACCAAAUACGGGCAUAGAAUUGAAGAAGCGCUUUGUGCCUAAUUUGAAUGUUUCCGGUUAUUUGGAAGGACGAACACUUGUUCCGAUCUCAACUCUCUAUUCGAUAUGUCUACCGGGUGAGUCGAAUGAUGGAAAAUGCACUAUUCCAAUCGACGGCGAUUGGCUUAUAAUAGGCGCUAUUGCCGAGAGAAAGGCAUCGUACGAAAUAAAGGGUUACAAGCUUGACACAAAAGGCAGAAAGAUUGAUGAAGAGAAGUUCAAAGCCGAGUAUCUCGCUUACAUGGAACGCAAAGGUGGUGGGCCGCCCGAUAUGAAUGAUUUAGACAAUCCAUGGCGAGACGUGCAGAAAGAAGUACCUAAAUCAGUUUCUCAAACCUAUACAUUGGUGGAUAUCGGUCAAAGAUUGGAAAAGCAAGAAACUGCGGGAGAUUCAAUGCUAAUGGUGACUGUAUACAAAGCUGAAGAAGUACGAGUCGACGGAGGUGCAAAUCGCAAAUAUAUAGGAGGUAGUGGCGGAGCGUAUGAACUGAUGGCUACGUUGGGUGCCGGAACAGUUGUAUGCCUACUCAAUCCAAUCAUCACACAUGGACCAACACGAUCAACUUCCACAAGCACAUAUGAGCAGUCGAAUACGGACAAGAAGAAGUCUCAGAGUGGUUCAGAUAAGAGUAUGAUUGGACUGAAACCUAGAAGAUGGGAGAAUGUCCUAACGAUAGGUAUCGCUAAGCACGUUGGAAAAUGCGAAUCGGCUCGUAGGGACGGUCAAGCAUGCGGUAAUUUUAUCGAUUUGCGUACUUCGAUGCGAGCUUGUUCUUAUCACUCUCAUCUGUCCACUUCAAAAUCACGCAGGGGUAGACAAGAGUUUGCCAAUAACACUUCGAUAUUCAUGCGUUCUAGUGGACAACGUGCAACUCCUUAUUCUUUUUCAGAAGGCAUGGCUUUCUCCCAAUCCAAAGCAUACGUCUCAAAAGGUUAUUCGGGAGCUUCAGCGGAUUCACGCUUUGACAUGGAUGCAGGAAAAGGACGUGAAGCAGAAGCCAAAUUCAUUAGAGAUGCAAGAGAGAAAGAAGCCGAAAAUAAGAUUUCUUCUCAAUUGAUCAAGAAUCGUCGCAGUCGUCCUAAAGAUAAGGUUCCGCAAACCAAAGGCGCCGAUGUGCAGGAACAGAGGCCUUCUCAGAACGUUCCGCAGACGACAUCCGACUCGCAAAAGCCGGAGGGACAACGGAAUAGCUAUGGAUCUAGAUUAGUGCAAGAUGCACUCAAAGAGCUGAAGAAAUCGACAGCUGGUCUGCCCAAUGGUAUUGUCGAUAGGGACAAAAUGAACUCAAGUCAGGGUAGAUCUGGUUCAAUUCGAUUGCCUGGUUCUAGCGAGAAGAAAGAGCUUUCGAGUGUAAAGCUGGAUAAAGUGAGUAAGAAAAGCUUCUUUGUGUUUGAGUAUUAUGCUGACAAAUCUUUACCAUCAAUUGAACAGCUUCUGGCAAGACAUAGCGCUUCUGCACAGAUUCCCAUGCCUCUUAUGAACCUGAAAGUCGGAGUAGGCAAAUCAGCAGUCCGAGCACCGUCCAAUCCGUCUUUAGGCAGAAAUCUCAAACUCGCUCCAAAGCGUCCAAAUGCGGUUGACAGUAGACCUAUAAAGAUGAGCACAGACGAUGACAGCUCAUCCGAUGACGAUCUCGUAAUCGAACGUGUUGUGAAGCCAGGCAAGACGACCUGA